UUGAAACCACCCGAAAACUCCCCGCAACAGCAGGGCUGUGUACGAGCGGUGCUGUGCAGCUCCCCCGAGCAUGGGCUCCCUCCGCUCCAUCCGACUCCCGCUUCCUCACGGCCCUCGCUGGGCUGGGAGAACCCUACUGCCUUUCCCCACUGCAAGCUUUUGUCCAGAUAAUGGAGAAAAAGACAGAGAGCUGGCUAAAGAAACCCCAGCCAACCCAUUUUGCAGACCUAUGCAACCGGACAUUUACUUGCAAGCUAGCUCCAGUGAAAAUCAGAGUUAGGUCUCGAAACAGCAUUAGGGCGAGACGUGGUGGUGCUGCCAGGGGGCUUGGCUGUACGGGAAAAUUCAGCUUUGCUGCAGGGGCAGCAUGGAUCUGGGGUUACGAAAGGCUUUGGGGGAGCAAGAGGAGCCAGGCAGGGCUGGAAGGAGGCACCAGGCACCUGCGGGGCCCCGCUGCCACCCCCCCAUGGCUUCCCUGCCGGGCGGCCGCGUGGGGACACAUCCCUGCAAACAGGGAAGCCUGUCCCUGUACCCCACCGAGAUACGCUCGUAGGAUGCUUCGGUUAUAGCACCUCAGAGGGAAUGCUGUGUUCAUUUCCCUCGAUGCAUUAGGUAGCAAGUACUUAAUUGAAAUACUUAAUUUUGUCUCCCUUGGUAUGCGAUCUUCACUGUUUCCUGCCUGUUUGUGUUCCUGGCCGUUUGAGGAAACUGUGUAAUGUGAGUAUUAACGCACUAUUAAACCUUCUCAGUAGAAUCGUCUUUCUUGGCUGGUAGCUGAACAAAAGAUCUUUUCUACUGAGAAUAGUAAUUUCAAUUUAAAAUGGCAAUAUAGGAAGAAGGCAAGAUGCUCCCUGCUGUAAUUAGAACAAAUUUUCUAGUAUUCUGCGUUAUCUUUAGACUCUGGAAGUGUAGUUGCUCUACUAGGAUUAAUAAGUCACCUGCAUUAACUCUAUUUAUUGCUGUGUUCUAUCACGGGGGCAUCACAGUGGCAGCGCUGAUCAGAAACUAUUUGCAUAUUCUGAAAUACAGAAGGCACUCUGAAACAGCAGGCUCACUGUGUAAAGUCUGCAGCUGUAUAAGGAGUGCUGGGAAGAGAUGCUGUCUUCUGUGACAAAUGAAAAAGGAAGAUAUGAAACUGCAGAGACUGGAGAAAGAAAAUACAGUGUGAUAAAGCAUUAUUCGACCUAACGCAUUUCCUAAUGAAAAGGGGAAUGAAGCUCACCAGAAGCCAAUAGGAAGGUCACAAGCCAAUUCAGAUGCGCUGCUGUUCCCGUAGAGACUUUGUUGCUUCCCCUCAGACCGAUGUGACUCUGGUGGAAGGAUCAUGACCGAAGUCCUCUUCUCUGCUGCUUUGAAUGGAACUGAACCCAACCUGUUAUCCAGCAGCGGCUGGUCUGCGGGAAACGCCACCACCAAGUGUUCCCUGACCAAAACCGGCUUCCAGUUCUACUACCUGCCCACCGUCUACAUUCUGGUCUUCAUCACUGGGUUUUUGGGCAACAGCGUGGCCAUCUGGAUGUUUGUCUUCCACAUGAGGCCUUGGAGCGGCAUCUCGGUUUACAUGUUCAACUUGGCCCUGGCUGAUUUCUUGUAUGUCUUGACUCUGCCCGCCCUCAUCUUUUACUACUUCAAUAAAACAGACUGGAUCUUCGGCGAUAUCAUGUGCAAGCUGCAGAGGUUCAUCUUCCACGUGAACCUGUACGGCAGCAUUUUGUUUCUAACGUGCAUAAGCGUGCACAGGUACACGGGAGUGGUGCACCCCUUGAAGUCGCUGGGGAGGCUGAAGAAGAAGAACGCGGUGUACGUCAGCACCCUGGUCUGGGUCAUUGUGGUGGCCGUGAUUUCUCCCAUACUCUUCUACUCGGGAACGGGGAUAAGGAGAAAUAAAACCACGACGUGCUACGACACAACAGCUGAUGAUUACCUGAGAAGUUACUUCAUUUACAGCAUGUGCACCACCGUGCUGAUGUUCUGCAUCCCAUUCAUACUGAUUCUUGGUUGCUAUGGGCUCAUCGUGAAAGCUUUGAUUUACAAAGAUUUGGACAAUUCUCCUCUCAGGAGAAAGUCGAUUUACCUGGUUAUUAUUGUGUUGACGGUCUUUGCUGUGUCUUACCUUCCCUUCCACGUGAUGAAGACCUUAAAUCUAAGAGCCAGGGUGGAUUUUCAGACUCCACAAAUGUGUGCCUUCAACGAUAAGGUUUAUGCCACUUACCAAGUGACGAGGGGUCUGGCCAGCCUCAACAGCUGCGUCGACCCCAUUCUUUACUUCCUGGCAGGCGAUACCUUUCGAAGGCGGCUUUCCAGGGCGACCAGGAAAUCGUCCAGAAGAAGUGAACACAACGUGCAGUCCAAAAGCGAGGAAAUGACUCUCAAUAUUUUAUCAGAGUACAAACAGAACGGAGAUACCAGUUUGUGAACAAACGCGAAAGAUUUCAGAACAGUUUGAAAAAAUCCUCCGCUUUGAGACAGUAGGAUACUGUAGUGCUACAAGUGUGUGAGGAAAAUCUACCAGUCUCUCAAAUUCGCUUUAGGUAAAGCCUCAUUUUCUGAUCUUAGAAAAAGCCUAACAAAGUCAGUGGAAGAUUUUUAAUGGAAAAUAACGUGUCAAAAUUCAGCUUUCCUUCUCCUUACAAUAUUCUCAUUUCUUUCCGACUUGUGUCAGAUAAAGUAAAAUGAAGUAAAUCCCCUGAAGGAAGAAAGCGAUCCAAGUGCUUCUGUUUUAAUGACUUAGUCUCCCACGUUCAAAAAUGUUCUCAAUCAGCCUCUCUUUAAAAAUAGGAAAUAAAAAUAAGAAAGAGCAGUAUCUUCUCGUCUGAGGCUCAGUCCACAUGCCUAGCCUUUCGCUCACUUGCCGUUGUAAACACGUAUUUAAAUCAAAGUCACGAUGCAGUUAUCUCACCUUUGCAGUUUUAUUACUUCUUCAUCUACUUCUAGUGUUGAUAAUUAUUUGAUAGUUCGGUAGCAUUUAUGAUUCAGUCUUCUUUGAGUGCCGGUGUUUUACAAAAGGUAGGCUUACUGAUGUGUGCAUGAUUAUGCUUUCAGAUUACGAUGGUUGUUCAUGAAAAAUCUGGACCCCCUUUAAAGGCAAAUUGGCUUCCAGGUGAACUGACACCUCAGCCCCUGGCAGACAGAUAAGCAGGUCGCUCUAGGAGCUGGUGCAAGCAGGCGCCUGCUUUGCGCGUGCACGUAGCGGUGCGUUUCGUGAACAGAUGUCGGCGGGCGAACGCGUGCGGAGGCGAUUUGGUUCUGAGCGGCCGACGGUCCCAUCCUGCCUUCCGUGCUGAGGAAAACCGGCGCGUUGUCGGCCGGAGGAACGGCGGGACGGGGCUGAGCAUGGACUGGGCUCGCCUGGGGAGUGCCCGCGCCAGCUCUGCGGAGCUGGGGGCGAGACGCCCGUCCCAGAGGCUGACCAGCAUCUCGCUGCAGCGCGAGCGCCUGACUGCCGGCGUUGGGAGCCUUGCUGGAGUUCUUUACGGGUAAAACGUGAGACGUGUGUGUGCUGAAAAUAACUGUACCUUUCAGACAAGUAAAACUACAGUUGCUCGAGUUACCUGCGUUUUCGUUUGGUAUGAAAAUAUUUCUGUUCCUGGCAAUCUUUAGAGGCAAUGUAAGAGUUGUUUCCCAAGAAAAUAAUCGUUACGAUGGAUAAUAUAAAUGGAUUAUAUAUUAUAUAUAUAUAUAUAUAUAUAAAAAAUAAUUGGGGGGAAUUAAUUUUUUUGUACUGUGACAAAUAAAUUACUGUAUUAACGAGAUGUUGCGAUAUACUACAGACUAAAUCCGGCCCUUUAUUAUAUAUCUUCUCCAAAUGUGGAACAGGUCAUGCAAAAUUAGCCAAACUGCAAUAUUGUGUAACACAAGAGCUAGUGAUGAGAGCACAGACGAAAUCUCACAUGAGCAGUCUUACUCAUUUCUCAUAUUUUUAAGAAAUGUAUUUGAAAAUAUUGUGUGCUAAAAAUGGUAUGAAAGCAUGCUCUAAAUUAUAAAUUUAGUGUACAAAAUUAAGUUCUAUGUAAUCCUACGGGUGAUUUUAACAGAUCUGCAUUCCUCCAGUCUUCAUAGUAAAAAAGUAAAAUAUUUAUAUUUUACUUACUAAUUUCCAGUGAUUGGUAACAACAAGAAUAGCUCUAGUUAUUUUUUGACAACAUCGUAAAGCAGCUUCUGUUCACACGUACAGCUUCUUAAUCUGCCAAGUCCCUAUUUAUUGAACUUAUUUAUUAGAAAGCUAAAUGUAAAGUAUGUAAAGUGUGGUUCUCCGUGUUCAUAUUCAGAAUUGGGCAUUAAUGGAAAAUUUAACAGCAUGUUUCAAUCACUGUAAUACUGUGUCUUCUAACAGAACAUCUUUGUAAUAAACUCAAUUCCACCCUGA